CAUAUUAGAGAUACCUUCUCUUAUUGGUUGGGAACUCUUCCUAGAUUGAAGAUUCUCAUUUUGCAUUUCAACAAGUUCUAUGGUGCAAUUAAUGUUCCAGAAUUCCUUAUUUCUUGAUCUAUGGAUUGUUGACCUUUCUCAUAAUGGAUUUGUUGGUCCUCUACCAACAAAAUACUUCAACUUGUGGAGUGCCAUGGUAGAUGUUGAUAAGGAGAACACAAAAUAUUGGCAUGCAUAUGACAAUUAUAUGUUGAAUGGCUUAAUUGGUGCCAGUCCAUACCCCUACUCAAUGACAAUAACAAACAAAGGAGUGAAAAUGGAAUAUGCAAAGGUAUCAGAGAUUUUCUCUGCCAUUGAUCUUUCUUGCAACAAAUUUGAUGGAGGGAUUCCAGAUGUAGUAGGGAGCUUAAAGGGACUUCAAUUGCUCAACCUUUCCAAUAACAUCCUUGUUGGUCCAAACCCACCAGCCUUGGGAAAUCUCAAAAAUGUUGAAGCUCUAGACCUUUCUCAAAACAAGCUUGUAGGAAGCAUUCCCACGCAGCUAACGCAACUCAAUUUCCUUAAAGUUUUCAAUGCCUCGCCUCCACCAUCUUCCAACUCUAAAGGAAAUGAAGAUUCUGGAUUACUAGCUGAAUGAAUUUGGUUGGAAAGCAGUGGCGUUGGGUUGUGGAUGUGGAUUCCUUGUUGGUGUGGUGAUUGGGAACAUCGUUUUUGCAAGAACAUGUGAAUGGCUGAUGAGGACUUACUGAAUUAGGAUGUCAAGGAGGAGAAUGAUGAGGAGGAUCCGUUGAAGACGAAUGUUUAUCUGUUGGUGGUAGCCUUUGGCUAUGUAUUCUUUUGCCUACAUUUUUUUGUUUUUUCUUGUUUUUAUUUUGUGUGUGCAAACUGUUGUACUUUAAAACUGCAUCAAUAAAUUGCACUUCAACUU